AUGGCAAGCAGCCAAGUCACAUUUUUCAUUACGCUCUUCCUCUUCUCGCUGGCCUUUUCCUCCAUGUCAGCUUCUGAAGAAGCUACAACCAAAACUAUGGAGAAAAAGGUUGAUGUGGUGGUAGAAGGAAUGGUAUACUGCCAAAGCUGCAACAAAUUCGGAACAUGGUCAUUGACUGGGGCUACACCAAUUUCGGCUGCUAAAGUAAGUGUUAUCUGCAAGAACCAGAAAAAUCAAGUUAGCUACUACAAAGCAUUUGCCACGAAUGCAAACGGAUAUUUCUAUGCACAGCUAGACGGAUUUAAGAUGAAAAAUAACUUGGCCGACCAUCCUCUCCAGGCAUGCCACGUUAAGCUGGUUUCAUCCCCUAGUCAGAGCUGCAACCUUCUUACUAAUGUCAAUUACGGACUUGAUGGCUCCCCACUCCGUUAUGAGAAGAAGGGUUUGGCCAAUAACAAUUAUGAAGCUGUCAUCUAUGCUGCUGGACCCUUGGCUUUUCGUCCAGCUUAUUGCACUCCCAGCACUCAUAACUAAAUUUGAGUAUUAGUUAUAUGAAGUCAGAUCAAAUUUUAUAUUGUUUUGGUUGUCUCUUCCCAAUUCAAUGUUGAUGUGAUGCCGGAAUUAACUUGCUGUACGCUAUGUUUCUCUUCUAUUACAACUUGUGCAAGAACAAUGAACUUCUUAAAGUUCUUAUUUUUUAUAAGAUAAACAUAUUACUUCUUUUC